AUGAGUGUUCUCUCUAGCUUCCAUCAAUCAUGGAGGAGUUUGAUUCUCGCGAGUCAGCGUUGCACAACACUGCGACAGAUCAAAUCGACGCAUGCUCUGUUCAUCAUUCAUGGCAUCCAUCGCAACACUUACGCGAUUAGCAAACUUCUCACGGCAUUUCUCCCUCUUCCCAAUUUAGACAAACACUUUCACUACGCUUCCAUUAUAUUCGAUUCGAUUGAGCUUCGUAACUCAUUCGUUUACGAUACUAUGAUAAGAAUUUGCUCUCGAAGUUCUCGGCCUCACUUGGGUGUACGAUAUUUCCGACUAAUGCUGACGGAAGACGACGAGGAGGAUAUAGCUCCCAGCUAUCUCACGUUUCAUUUCUUGUUGGUUGCUUUUUUGAAUGCUUCUCUAUUCUCUGUGGGUAAGCAAAUCCAUUGUUGGGUGAUUAAAAAUGGUGUUUUGUCAUCGGAUGGUCAUGUGCAGACUGGAAUCAUACGGCUUUACAUUGAAGGCAAAGUUUUGCCAGAUGCCCGCAAAGUGUUCGAUGAAAUUCCGCACCCGGAUGUUGUGAAGUGGGAUGUUUUGAUGAAUGGGUAUGUUAGAUGCGGUUUAGGAUCAGAGGGUUUACAUGUGUUCAGGGAGAUGUUGGCUCGAGGCACAGAGCCUGACAAAUUCUCAGUUACAACGGCAUUAACGGCUUGUGCACAAGUUGGGGCUCUCGCUCAGGGGAAGUUGAUUCAUAAGCUUUUGAAGAAGAAGAAAUUGCUUGAAUCGGAUAUAUAUGUAGGAACGGCACUUGUUGACAUGUAUGCCAAGUGUGGUUGCAUAGAGACGGCUUUGGAAGUCUUUGAGAAUUUGAGUAGGAGGAAUGUCUUCUCAUGGGCAGUCUUAAUUGGAGGAUAUGCGGCUUAUGGUUAUGCUAAGAAAGCUAUUAUGUGUUUGGAUCAGAUGGAGCGAGAAGAUGGUAUUAAGCCUGACAGUGUAGUUCUUCUUACGGUCUUAGCCGCUUGUGCUCAUGGAGGAUUUCUUCAAGAAGGCAGAGCACUGUUGGAUAAUAUGGAAGCUCGAUAUGGAAUCACUCCGAAGCAUGAGCAUUACAGCUGUAUAGUAGAUUUGAUAUGCAGAGCUGGAAGAUUAGAUGAUGCGGUUGAUCUUAUAGAAGGGAUGCCCAUGAAGCCGCUUGCAUCUGUUUGGGGUGCUCUACUGAAUGGUUGUCGAACGCACAAGAAUGUUGAACUCGGAGAACUAGCUGUUAAAAAUCUUCUUGACUUAGAGAAAGGAAAUGCUGAUGAAGAGGAAGCAGCUCUUGUUCAACUAUCUAAUAUUUAUUUGAUUGCUCAAAGAAACACCGAGGCAUCUAAUAUUCGUCGGAUGAUUGGUCAGAAGGGCAUAAGAAAGGCACCAGGAUGCAGUGUGUUAGAGGUGGAUGGAAAUGUUACCAAAUUUGUUUCGGGAGAUGUGUCACACCAAAAUCUGCUGCAAAUUCACACAAUGAUUCAUCUCCUAUCUGUUGAUGCCUUGCAAAUUCUGUAAUUGUAACUCAUGAAGCUGCAAAUCUCAUCGGAGGAAAUUCUUGGGUUUCUUGUUUCUACACAUUUCGUUGAGCACCUGUAAUCUGCUAUACACACUGGAGGGUCGUCCAAAGGCUAUGUGGGAAUGGAGACAAUGAGUACUUAUGAAAAACCGAGAUGAGCUUCUGAACAUGAUGCAAUUUCUUUAUACUAUUAAAGGGAAGGGAAAAAUUUGACCCUCCAAACAGGAACUGGAAACUUAAACAAGGCCUGAAGAAAAUGAUGAACCUCUCACGAGGGCCCCUCAGGUUGGCAUUGUGAAGAAAUGUCUUAUUCGGACUUUAUGGUGACUGGAGAGUGGAAGAGAAGUGCAUGAGCAAAAAGGGAAAAACACUAGCUACAGUUGUAUGGCGUUUGGGCACACUUAUGAGCAUCUAGAGAGUAGAGAAAAUUGAGACUCUUGACAGUGAAAAGAAAUAACGUAACAAAUUUGAUUGGUAAGGGUGUGUCUAGUCUUCACUCAGGAACACUGGUUUGACCAGGUGGAAAAUAUGAACCAAUGGAAAAAAAAAAAAAAAAAAACCUUUUGAAGACGAAGGGAUCAAGACGACGUGCAUCUUUGUGUUGUUGGGAGGGAGAUGCAACCGAAGGGGAUAUAAUUUGCCAUUUAAAGGGUUUUUGGAACAGAUUGAUAAAUCAUUCAGACCUGUCUCUUCUUCAAGCUUCUGUUUCAGCUCUUCUAGUCCCAAACCCUUGAAACAGAAAAGCUCUUCCUUCGCUCUCUCGUCCACGUUCCCAUUAUUGUCCCCAACCCUGUAAUAGAUUAGCCUCCCAUCUGCCUUGACCGGUGAGCAGACCCUGUCAUCAGACUGUGAUCAUAGAAAUGUAGAUAAACAAAAGGUCAUCGGUCAGUGUCUUUUGAUGCAAGUAUGCAACCAUGCCCAAAGAAACUUGAGUGUAGAACUGAUCAAACCUCUGUUUUAGAAAAUCUUGGGGACAUGAGAGAGAAUCCUUUGGGUGAAUUGGGCUCAUCAUGAUCAUCUUUUCUUACCCUCAGAAGCUCUGGUGGUGGCGGAGGAGGCGGGAGAGGCGUAAAAGCUGGUGGUGCUUUCUUCUUUCUGCUUUCCAAAAUAUCAAUAUCCCAUAAAACCCAGUCCUGUGUGGCUGUCCUAUGAGGAAUAUCAUGUGUGAUUGAGUUUCUCCACGGUGGAGACUAUCGAGAAGAGAUGUCUGAAGAACAUAAACAUGAAGAGAGAUCAAAAGAAGAGGUGUACCUCGUCUUGAGCUUAACCUGGACGCCUUCUCUAAUGGGUUCCCAUUCGGUUGAUGAGUCUAGCCUCCGUGGAAGCGUCUGUGUUACCUUCUUGCCGGUCAUGCCAAGGAACAUUGGGACGUUUGAAGCGGUUAGGUAUUUGCCAAAGCAGCUCUUUAGGCGGAUCACAUUUGCCUCUUCUACAAUUUCCACCGUCCAUCUAGCGUUCAUACACCGCCCGUCUCUGUCCUGGUUCACGGAAUCUUCGUCCUCCUCCGCUAGAAGAUGGCCAGGGGCUGCAAUCUCACCUUCAAUGAUUGGAUUAAUGCGAAAGAUGUCCAGGUAAUUUCGAACCUUUUUUUAGUUUCCCUGAUUUGGAUUAGAGAAAAAAGAGGUUUUUUUUGUUUUCUUAUCCGUGGUAAUAUGUAUCAGAGAUUAUUAUUAAGAGUAUAGUCGGGAACUACACGUGUAUAAAUAGCUGCUUAUAUUUGUAGGCAUACGUAUGUAGAUGCAUACAAUGUAGGAAGAUUUCAUUUUUCAUCUUAUAUAGUAAUGAGACAUUCAA